UUUGUGCUACUUGACAGUCAUUCUGAGCAGUUUUCGCUUGACAGCCUCUCGUGUACUUUGACAUUUGCCUGUUUGACUCUGUUCUCUUCCUGCCCUUGACCGCUCUUAUCGAUGAUUAAACACGAUUGCACCUCUCUUUAACUUAAUAUUAAAUUUGUUUGGAACUGAAAAUAUUUUGAAAGAGGAGUUUGAUUUAUGCAAAUGUUUUGGUUAAGUGCAGGUCUGGCACGCAGGAAAUCAGAGUUCAGUUUCCAGGGUGUAAGAUGAGUUUCAUCCAGUGUGGGCCCUUGGCCAUGGUUCUUGCACCAGAAAAUCAAGUUCCUUUUCCCGAGUGAAGAGGACCUUCGUUUUCCAGAGUCAGUUGCACCAGCAUGUCAUGGGAAAUGUCUGAUUGAGCAGAUGAGUCCUUUGGAAAAAGCUCCUAUGUGUGGACUUGCACAACAAUGAACGGUGGAGUUCGUAAAACAAGAAAAAGAGAAAUUAAAAAGAAAUGCACAGAGACUGGUAUUCCAGAAGUGCACUCGGCUCCAGCUGUCAAGGAGUCGAGUGCUGUUGCAGACAAUUUGGUCACCAGAAGCCUCUCCUCUCCGAGUUCCCCUUCAAGUCCUUCAAAAAGAUGCAAGAGGCAGGCAGCAAAGACACCGAGUCCCAGCCUGACUUCCACACCUGUUCGCUACUCUUCAAGACGAACUUUGUCUAACAUUUCAAGCUCCCGUCUCAAAGACCAAGAAAAAGAUCCACAGCAUAUUGAGCUCAUCGCUAUCAAGCAGACAUCGGAAAUGGAUUCUUCAACAUCCAGCUCCAAAUCUAACAGGAGAAAAAGGAAGUUUGAUGCCUCUCAGCCAAAACCGCACCGACAAGGAGCUUUAAAGGAACAGGCCAAUGGUUCUUCGGUCAAGCGUCCACGGGGCAGACCUCGGAAAAAUCAGAACGGAAAAUUGUCAGGGGAAACCAAACGAGAAAGACCACGUUUUGAACUGGAAAUGUCUGAUGCAGCAGAUCAAGACGAGUCCUUGUCCUCAGACUUGUCAAUAGAACUUAGUCCAGAGAAGUCUCAGCUGCCCUCAUUGCCCCUUCUGGUUGAUGAGCAAAGUGAGGAUGAAGAGGAUAACUUUCCAAGUUACUUGACCCGAAGAGACAAAAAGUCUUCAGCCAUCACAGAGGGAACAUUUGCAUGGUGCAAAUGUCGAAACUAUCCAUUCUGGCCCUCAUUAGUGAAAAGCGUGAACCGUCGACAGAGAAAAGCAAGCAUCAUGUUUGUUGAUGAUGAAAGUGUUCAGAAGAAGAAAGGGUUCACCGUUGCUCUGAAAUCCUUGAAGCCUUUUGACUGUGAAGAAGCAAAUGAAUUGAUUCAUAAAGCCAAAGAAAACUACAACGCUGCAGUUUCUUGGGCCUUGGCACUUAUAAAAGACUACACAUUCCGUAAAGCCUGCAGCUCAUUUUCUGGCUCCUUCCUCGAGUACUUACACCAUGAUAUGAGUUAUCCAGUUAGGAGGAUGUUUCCAUCCGCCGCCUCAGAGGGACCAAUCAUGACUGCCAGUGACAGCAUGAUAGAGGAGCCAUGCAACGACCCCAAGGAGACUAGCUCUGCAGCAGAUGAAGAGAAAACCUGCAGGAAUUCAAAGAGGCUGCUGCCAGACCGGAGCCACGCUGCCCACAACCGCGCUAACCAGAAGCUCGUGCAUUUCAUUGUCAAUCAGCGCAUGGUGGAGAAGCGCCUUCUGGCUGUGAUUAGUGGGCAGCAGCAGUCCAAGUGGCUUCACUCCUUUCUAAGUGCCAAACCAAGACAAGUGGUAAACAUUUACCUGGAAGAUGACGAGCAGUUAGACCAAGUAUACUUUUACCUGAACAAGCUCUAUGCAGGAGCGAAGACCACCUCCCCCUCCGUGGCUAAGCUAAAACCUACAGACCGGGUUCCUUUCGUCUUAGACGUGCUUCUACCUGAGGCCAUCAUCCAUGCCAUUGCUGGGGUGGACAAUGUUUCUGUGAAAAAGGCAAAGGAAAAGUAUGACAGGGGCAGGUUUAUUAGCAACAGAGAACGACAAGAGUUUGACCUGAAGAUCGAGCAGCAGAUGAGGAUGAGAUCUCAACAGCUAAAUAAAUCUUAUGUUCAUUUUUGCCAUAUUGAAUCAAAAAAAUGAACAAUAAAUUAAACACAAUUUAUGUUUUGUGAUGCAGCCAAA